AUGUCCGCCACAAACCCAGAGAAAGGCGGCCAUGUCGCGCCCGGGGAGCUGUCGCCUAAGCAAACCCGCGUCCUCGAGAUCGACGCCACGCGGGAGAUUACAACCAUCGAGCACGAAACCGGGUUCUGGCAAGCCGUAAGGCAGUACCCGGCCGCAACAUUCUGGGCGGGAUUCUUCUGCAUCGCCGUGAUCAUGGCCGGCUUCGAUGCGCAAAUAAUCACGUCGUUUUAUGCGCUACCUGCAUUCCAACAGAAAUACGGCAAGCCCGUGGACGGCACAAACUCAUAUGAGAUCCCGGCUCAGUGGCAGACAGGCCUUGGCAUGGGAAAUCCCAUCGGUCAGAUCCUGGGUGCUCUUGCAAGCGGAUGGCCGAUGGAGCGUUGGGGCCGGCGCAUUCCCCUUGCAGUGUGCUGCGUCUAUUCGAUCAUAUUUGUCUUUGUGCAGUUCUUCGCCUCAUCCAUCGGGAUGCUAUGUGCGGGUGAAGUCCUUGGAGGACUGGCAUACGGGUUUUACGUCGUUAUCGCGCCGACAUACGCCUCGGAGAUCUGCCCGCUUGCACUGCGCGGUGUGUUGACAGCGUCUGUGAACCUGGCAUUUGUCAUCGGACAGUUCAUCGGCCAGGGUUGUGCGGCGGGCGUUGAAACCCGAUUGGAUGAGUGGGCCUACAGAAUCCCUUUCGCGGUCCAAUGGGUCUGGCCAGUGGUCAUCCUGGCUGCUCUGCCGUUUGCCCCUGAGUCUCCAUACUGGCUUGUUCGACAGGGUCGGAUAGAAGACGCCCGGAAAUCCCUGCUGCGACUCACCUCGGCGAAGAACCGUCCGGACAUUGAACAGAUGCUGCUGGGAAUCGAGCAAACUGAUUUGCUGGAACAGGAAAUGGAGUCUACGACGACGUAUAUUGACUGUUUCAGGGGCAGCAACCUUCCAAGAACCGAAAUAUCAGUUAUGGUCUAUCUCAUCCAGGUCAUUGGUGGUAACCCGCUCAUUGGCUAUGCCAAUUACUUCUUUGAACAAGCCGGUCUGUCCAGCUCGAAUGCGUUCGAUAUGGGUGUUGGCAAUACAGCCAUGGGGUUCGUGGGCACGUUGAUUUCCUGGCCUUUGAUGGCCUAUUUCAAAUUGGGCCGUCGGACGAUCUACAAUAGCGGCAUGGUAUUAAUGACGACUAUCCUCUUCAUAAUCGGGUUUCUCAGCAUCCCCUCGAAUAAUACUGGAGCUGUCUGGGCGAUGGCGACAAUGAUGGAUGUUUGGACGUUUAUCUACCAAAUGACCGUAGGACCCAUCUGCUUCGUUAUCAUCUCGGAAAUCUCGGCAACCAGAUUGAGGACUAAGACAAUUGCGAUCGGGACCGCCGUGCAAGCAGCAGCGUCUAUCAUAUUCACAAUCGCGGUCCCUUACAUGCUGAAUAGCGACGAGGGCAACUGGGGUGGGAAGGCUGGUUUCCUGUUCGGUGGUAUCAGCCUCUUGUGCCUACUUUGGUGUUACUAUCGGCUACCGGAGAGUCGGGGAAGGACGUACGAAGAAUUGGAUAUUCUGUUCCAAAGGCAGAUUCCCGCUCGCCAGUUCAAAACUUUUGAUCUCAUUGCAGAAUCGGGGGAAACUAAGUAG